AUGGAAGUAGAGAUCAAGCUUCGUCUCCCAGACUCAGCCACUCACCAAAAACUCUCCAACGUACUUGCUCCUUUCCACACCAAAACCUUAAUCCAAGAAAACAUCUUCUUCGAUGGCUCAAACAAGGAACUGACUUCCAACCUUUCUGUUCUCCGAAUCCGCUUCUACAACCUGGAACACUGCGUCCUCUCCUUGAAGGCCAAGCCAGUGAUCUCGGGCGGAAUCAGCCGCAUGGAGGAACAUGAAGAGCCAUUCGACCCUGCGCUUGGCCGUGCAUGCAUUGCUGAACCAUGGAGACUCUUGUCAGUGGAUUCUUCCAUGGUGCUGAAGAGGGUGAAGGAUGAGUAUGGUGUUGGAGCAAAUGGGGUGGUGUGCUUGGGUGGGUUUAGAAAUGUGAGGGCUGUGCAUGAAUGGAAUGGGUUGAAACUGGAACUGGAUGAGACCAACUAUGAUUUUGGGACCAGCUACGAGUUGGAAUGUGAAAGUGCUAACCCAGAGAGACACAAGAAACUGCUCGAGGAGUUUCUUCAAGAAAAUGGAAUCAGAUAUUCCUAUUCUAAAGUUUCAAAAUUUGCUGUUUUUCAGUCCAGGAAGCUGCCAGAAUGA